AUGUCGGACCCAACGAUAGGCUUUGAGCACAUGGGCCUCGACCCCCGGCUCCUGCAGGCCGUCGCGGACCUGGGCUGGUGCAGACCCACCCUGAUCCAGGAGAAGGCCAUCCCGCUGGCCCUGGAGGGCAAGGACUUGCUGGCGCGGGCCCGCACGGGCUCGGGGAAGACCGCCGCGUACGCGCUUCCCAUGCUUCAGCUGCUGCUCAACCGGAAAGUGACAGGCCCUGUGGUAGAACAGGCCGUGAGAGCCCUUGUCCUUGUGCCCACCAAGGAGUUGGCAAAGCAAGCACAGGCCAUGAUAAAGCAGCUCGGGACCUACUGCGCUCGGGACAUCCAAGUGGCUGAUGUCUCAGCUGCUGAAGACUCGGCCUCUCAGAGAUCUGUGCUGAUUGAGAAGCCAGACGUAGUGGUGGGGACUCCAACCCGCAUAUUCAGCCAUCUGCAGCAAGGCAACUUGAAGCUGCGUGACUCCUUGGAGCUCCUGGUGUUGGAUGAGGCUGAUCUUCUGUUUUCCUUUGGCUUUGAGGAAGAACUCAAGAGUCUUCUCUGUCACUUGCCCAGGAUUUACCAGACUUUUCUUAUGUCGGCAACUUUCAAUGAGGAUGUGCAGGCCCUCAAAGAACUGGUGCUACAUAACCCGGUUACUCUCAAGUUACAGGAGUCCCAGCUGCCUGGGCCAGACCAGCUUCAACAGUUCCAGGUGGUCUGUGAGACUGAGGAAAACAAGUUUCUGCUGCUGUAUGCCCUUCUCAAGCUGUCGUUGAUCCAGGGCAAGUCCUUGAUAUUUGUCAGCACUCUGGAGCGGGGCUACCGGCUCCGCCUGUUCUUGGAGCAGUUCAGCAUCCCUGCCUGCGUACUCAACGGGGAGCUGCCACUGCGCUCCAGGUGCCAUAUCAUCUCACAGUUCAACCAGGGCUUCUAUGACUGUGUCAUAGCCACGGAUGCCGAAGUCCUGGCGGCCCCCGUCAAGGGCAAACGUCCGGGCAGAGGAGCCAAAGGAGACAGAGCUUCAGAUCCUGAGAGUGGUGUGGCCCGGGGCAUAGACUUCCACCAGGUGUCUCUAGUGCUCAACUUCGAUCUUCCCACCACCCCUGAGGCCUACAUUCACAGAGCUGGCAGGACAGCUCGUGCCAACAACCCAGGUGUCGUCUUGACCUUCCUGCUGCCCACAGAGCAGGGCCAGCUGGGCCAGAUUGAAGAGCUUCUCACUGGAGAGAAUGGAGCCCCUGUCCUCCUUCCCUACCAGUUCCAGAUGGAGGAGAUUGAAGGUUUCCGUUAUCGCUGCAGGGAUGCCAUGCGCUCAGUGACUAAGCAAGCCAUCCGAGAGGCAAGGCUGAAGGAGGUGAAAGAAGAGCUCUUACGCUCAGAGAAACUCAAGACGUACUUUGAGGACAACCCCCGCGACCUGCAACUGCUGCGACACGACCUGCCCCUGCACCCUGCAGUCGUGAAGCCGCAGCUGGGCAAUGUCCCUGACUACUUGGUCCCUCCCACUCUGCGUGGGCUCGUCCACCCUCACAAGAAGCGGAAGAAGCCCCCCUCCUCCUACCGGAAGGUCAAGAAGGGGAAAGCUCAGAACCCACUGCGCAGCUUCAAGCAUCGAGGACAGAAGUCCACACCUGCAGCUGCCCACUCCUGA